CAUCGGUCUGUAAAUAUACGACAUCAGUUAGAAAAUACAGCCUGAAUAGUUGAUAUGUUGUCCGGCUGGAGGUCACGACAAUGACUCGCUGCUAGCAGCCGCUGAAAUCUCUGCACCUUUCUUCGAUGAAGGGCUGGAACCAUGGAGUCGUCGUCCGAUGAAGAGGAGGGGCGCACCUUCAUCCAAGUCAUCAGUGAGAAAUACAAUCCGGAGAAUUUCCCCUACGGCCAAGGAGUGGUGGUUCUGUCCAGCCCGCCGGGAUCCCCUGUCAAAGACCGCCUGUUCUUGCCCAGCUCGCUGGUCGUGAAUCACUGCGGAAUCACGAAAGCUGGCGACAGGUCGGACAUUGCAGCUUUCUGCGCCCACGUGGUGGAGCUGGACCUGUCCCACAAUCAGCUGAACGACUGGGUCGAGAUCUGCACCAUCGUUUCAAACGUCCCCCACUUGGACUUCCUCAAUCUGAGCACGAACCCCCUGAGCGGCGUAGAGCUGGAGCCCAGCAUGGCCGAGGUUUUCUCCAGGGUCCGACAACUGGUCCUCAUUAACACGCGCAUCAGCUGGGACACCGUGCACAUGCUCACACAGAACACGCCCGAGCUGGAGGAGCUCUUCCUGUGCCUGAAUGGCUACAACACCGUGUCAGAAUCCCGGACUUCCUGUCCGUCGCUACGCCUGCUGCAGAUUACAGACAACCAGCUGCAGGAAUGGGCGGAAGUGAGGAAGUUCGGGGUGAUGUACCCGAGCCUGAGCACACUGGUUCUGGCCAAUAAUAGUUUGGACUCUGUGGGUGACACUCAAGAAACACUGCAGUGCCUCUUCCCCAACCUGCGCAGCAUCAACCUCAACAACUCAGGGCUCAGUAAAUGGGAGGACAUUGAAAGGCUGAAUUUCCUCCCUAAGCUGGUGGAAGUCAAAGCAAAGGGGAUUCCUUUAUUGGAGCCUUACACCACCCACGAGAGACGCAGCCUCCUUUUAGCACAGCUGUCGUCUGUCGCGGUGCUGAAUGGAGGCGCGGUGUCGGCUGGAGAGAGGGAAGAUGCUGAGAGGUUUUUCAUUAGGUACUACCAGGACUGCCCGGAGCAGCAGCUUCCUCGGAGGUACCACAUCCUAGUAUCCAAGUACGGUCACCUGGCCCCGCUGGCGGAGGUGGACCUGAGCCCCCGCAGCACCGUGGUGGACGUUCGCUGGGGUGACAGGGUGGAGGCCGUCAGCCUCCGCCUGGAGCAGACGGUGGGCGACCUGAAAAAACACCUCAAAGCUCGGCUGCAGCUGCCCACCAACGGGAUCCGGCUCUUCUACAUCAACCGGGAGAUGUGUUCGGUCCUGGGGCCCGAGGAGCUGAAGUGCGGCAGCCGGGCCCUCCACUCCUACAGCAUUCGAGAUGGGGACGAGAUCCUGGUGGUGCCCAAAGUGAAAAGCCGCUGCAGCUCCUCAGACCUCUGAGUCUGGGGGCUCUGUGGUUUUGGAUGAAUGGGACAGAAUAGUAGAUAAUGAACACUGACUGGAUUCUAAGCUUUGACUUGAGCCUUUUUUAGAUUUAAAGAGAAAGGUGGUAUUUUUCAACCAUGAAUGUAAAGACGUUUGCUGUCCACCAUAUUGAACAAGUUUCUACAAUAGUAUAUUUGCACAUAGCAGUUCCACAUUCACAAGGAUUGUAUGUUGAGUCGCACAUUUCUGUGCUUUGGUUGCUCGAGCAAAGACUGCAGUUUACAUUUAGUGAAAAAUAUUAUGCUCCACACACGGUGCAAACUGAUGCACAAAUUGCACAUUGAUUUAAAAACUAAAACUAUAAUUGAAAAUUUUAAUCAGAGAUUUUAGCAUGAAAACCUUCCCCUUACUUGGCUGACAUGCUGGUGACACUGCUGCACCAUGCACGGCCCUUCAAAGUAUUUAUUUUAGUAGUAAAAGUGUUGAAAUUGGGCGAAAUGAAAGCAUAAAUGAUGUAGAAGUUCAAACAGAGAUUAGAUUUUAGAAAUAGCAGCUGCUGUGCGUACGUUCUGUGUUCACACUGUGUUUGGAGGCCUCGGCUGCACCACAGUCAGCAGCUCUUUGAGGUUUUCUCUGCAUGUUCCCGUUCAUGCACGGCUGAUCUGUGAACAGUGUCCUCCUGCAGCAGUGCAACUUUUUAAGCCUCAGAGUAUAAAGUUUGGGUGAAAAUCAUUCUAAACAAGCUGCUCCUUGAACCAACCCGAUGGCAAACGAUGAACCUUCAUCAUGCAGCAGCGGUUGCAGCCAAGCUGACAGAAGACGUCAUCAUAAUGAGGGAGAAAACAAACCCAGAGACUGGUUUACAUUAGAAGGAGACAGGCUCAAAGCUUGGAACCUUUAUUUAAGCAGAGUAGAUGUGAAUGUCCUUUUCUGGGGACAUGAGUGUGUGCAUCAGUAACACCAAUCUUUCCCUGCUUCUUCCUGCCACUCAGAUCACACUCUUUCCACACGACUCUUGACAGCAGUGAAAUAUCCUGGGAUAACCCCCGAGCAACGUAGAGCACAUGGACGGCUGCCGCUCGGUCAGGACGCCCUGGCAGAAAGACGAGACACGUCUGAGGUGAGCUUGGGUCCGGGGCAGAGAAAAGAAGGAGCGUUGAUGCUCGGGUUACUGCCGCUCUUCUGGCUGUGCGGCCCAUGAAUGGAGCAGCUCUCUGUCCCUGCAGAGGCAGCUGAGAGACGCCGAGGCCCCGUCUGUAUGGUAACCACACACCGGCCGCCGUGUCACCGACACUUCCGCUGCAUUUAGGUUAGAAUGGGUUCAUGCAGCAGACUCUGGCCCCUCACCCAUCACCUCCCAAACCUGACACACAGGACUGAGCGCUGAUUGAGAGAGAUGGAACAACACCUUCCCACCCAGUCGACUUCAUUUAACAGCCCAGAACCGGUAGCUUCUCAUAGCCUGAACUGCGUAAGCCUAAGUAUAUUCAUAAAGAUUCGUACAGUUUAGACAAAAAUUAUUCACAAAGAUCUCGUUCGAGAUGCGCUGACAUCUCCCACCCAACACGAUAACGCUGUAACACCAGAAAUGAAAGCGCGGCUGCUUAUGAAAGCUGGCUGAACUGAGACAUUUUUCCCCUUUAACAGGCCGAUCAAACAGAUCACGUUCUAAAAUUAGCAACAUGCUAACAAACAUAAGCUAAUAAAUAGCACAGCUAUCAGCAUGUGACUGUGCGGGUAGGCCUGUGUUUUCAUUCUCUGGGCUAAAGUAUGGCUUUAAAAUUUAUCCAUCAGAGAGUUACAGCAUGUCCCAGGUUUUCCCUGGUUUUCCAAAUGUAACAGUAGAAGAAGAAGCUGCCACAGGACGGUGUUUGUUCCAGCCUUAAGCAGCUGAGGGACAGACAGUGGAGGAUGGACGGAGAUAUGAGUCUGUGCACCAGUGGAGAGAAGAUGGUGAUCCUUCCUUCCUGACUCCCGCUCCCUCUGAAUGGCCCCCUCUCCACUGCUGACAUCCUCAUCUGUCCAAGCGCUCGCCACGCCUUCUCUUUAAAGUGUCUCUCGUGCUGUCCUGCUCAGUACAAAUGGCUGCUUCUGCUGUUGUGUUAUUGUAGCUGUCCUUGUUGUGAUGUGACGAUACAUCUCAAAGAACCGUCAGGCAGCAGAAAGCUUUUCGCUGAAGCCUGAAGUCGCUGCUGCCGUAUUUUAAACAGCAGAUUAUUCAGACAGGAAGAUCCUCUCGCGCUUUGGUGCAUUCCUGGAUUUGAUUAGAUGAUCUGCACGCUUUCACUUCACACACAAUCAGAUCUGCGUCCUCAGCGUUUGCCUCUCCGACGUGCCGAAUCUGCCGUUUAAAAAGCGAUGCGUCAGGUACCGACGCACCUGGCUUUUAAAGGGAAUGGGAGCUCUGAUUAGUUCAAUUAAUGAGCACACCAAUGUUUAACGAAGAGACUGAACAAACCCUCUGCGGCCAGUUUAGUGAGUAAGAGUUGGACACUCCCUGAACGCACUCGUGCCACAUGCUUUGGACCAGGUGCUAUAGAUCGUUUAAAUCAGGCAAUGAGCAUGUGUGAAGACUAUGGGAGGAAAUUAGAGCAUUCAGAGGAACCCAGCUCAGACAUGACGAGAGGAACAACCCUGUGGUGCAACGACAGCCCGGGCUGAUCCGAGACUCUGAUUGAAAUGUGUUGCUCAGUGCAUGCUGGGACACGCACCAGACUGCCUGAUCAUGAAUAGCUCAAACAUUUCACAAUAUGUGAACUGCGUGUAUGCAGUAUAAACAGGGCCCAAUAUCAGGUGCAUUUGUUGAUGAAAAGAUGAUGUAUUGGUUGCGCACAAAGCCAUUUCUUCUGGAUAUUGGAGUGCCCUGAAUGCCAAUAAGGAGUUCAUGUUAUGUAUAACACACACGCUUAUGUUACUGAACGAGUGUGAACUUGUGUUGAGGUGCCGCUCCUCUGUCACAAACCUCGUGUAGUAGAAAACUGGAGAUCUCUAUUUCUGACUCACAUUAUUAUACUAUACUACGAUUGAGUGCUUACAUGGGAGGUCGUGGGAUGUGCGUGAAGCAUUUAUGUUUCUGGUGUGGAUUGUGGUAAAUUGGUGAUUUGCAUGUUCUGAUAUUUCUUGAUAUGCUUGAUUUAAAAUGUGUAUGAUGUGUCAUUUCAGGGAAACAACGUCGUUUAUGGGCAUUUGUAAUUUUGACACUUAUGAAAUAUUAUCUGUGCUCCCGUCACCCUCACCUGGAUCCUUCUUUAAUACCAAAUGCAAAGAUUAUUGACAGAAAAUAUAAAAGAUAGUUGCUAAUCUGUGAUACAGUUUGCUUUGCGCUGUCGAGUAUACGAUGUUUUAAUUUAUCUCACGUUUGCUUUCUGUAGUUUCUUAAUGUAUCUUAAUAUUUUUCAGUGGUAAAUUCUCGUUUUCUUUCUUCUGAUCAUGAUGCCAUUUCUCCACCUGUACUGUAUUAUGGUGCUUUCACCUCUCUUAAAGAAAAUAAAUUCUAAUUAUU